AUGGUCAGGGACUCUGCCGGUCGAUUUCCACGCCGGGGUGUUCGCGCAUGUGUGCAAAGUUCACGUGAUGCUUUCCAUUGCAAACAGGACGUUUCUGUCUUCGAGAACUGUUUGCAGCAGCUCCGGGCAGUCGUUAGACAGGAGGCUUCGUAUGGUGUGUGGGUGGAUGUCUUCAGUCCCUCUGGCCAGGAGGCUCGCGGGCUGAUUCAUUUGUCGGAGAUGGAUGAGGUGUCUAAGAUCAUUCAAGUGGGUGAGGAGGUCAAGGUUUACGUUUCACAUGUCGAUAUUGAAAGGGGACACUUGGCGGUGUCUCCGCGACGUAGCAGCAGGUCAUCUUCUUCUGGAUCAAUGCAGGAUCGUACGGGAUUUGACGAUGUCUAUGCUUGCCAAUGGCUCGAAGCAGUCGUUUCAACAGAUACAGAUGCUGUAACCUCUGAAGCUCUGUUUGUGGAUGUGAGACAUCCAGAUCUCGAAGUGGCCCAGCGGGGUAUCGUCCCGAUAAGCCGGAUUGACUUGCCGCGUGGCACUAUGCAGUCUGCCUUUAUCCCUGGAGACAAGGUCCAUGUGCGGGUUGUGGGCAGCAAGCAUGGAGGGCUGCUAGAGCUCUCUAUGAAGGGGGGUGCUGCGGACAUCAGAACCGACCUUGAGGUUCAACUUGCGCGUCUACAAGGCAGUCGCUUGCAAACCAAGCCGGCGGAGCAGGAACGCGCUUGUCUGGCCGAUGGGCAAGACGUGUCAGAUUUCGUGGAUGUGACACCUGACCAGUGGAUGGAGGGCCAGGUCUUGCACGCCGCCAGCUACGGCAUCUACGUCGCUGUCAGGCCUCCAGGAGGUGGACGCGAGCAGUGGGGACUCGUCCAUUUGUCUGAGCUCUCAGAGAACAUCCUGGUUGCAUCGCAGGAAACCACACUUCGUGUCAGGGUGAAGUCUGUCGAUGUGGUGGCUGGAAGGCUGUUCCUGUCCACGAAGGCCAUCGAUUUGCAGGAGUCCCGUGCGGGGUGGAUGCAUGGAAGCGUCGACGAGGUACACAAGUUUGGGCUGAUCGUGCGGAUUCCAAGCGGCCGUGGGUUGGUGUAUGUUACUGAGAUGGACCAUUAUCUGGAGGAGCCGCAAACAGCUUUCGCAGUUGGCCAAAAGGUGACCGUGAGGAUACUUGGUGAGAUGGAGGAAGGCCUCCUGGCCCUGUCGAUGAAGGCUCCGACUCCGACAGACGAGGCAAGCUUGCACGUUUCUGCCGAGGAGGCGACUGAUCCACCGGAUGCCACAGAUGCGCAAGAUCUUCAGAUUCGUGCUCUUCGACAUCGGUUGAAGGACUUCCUCGGAAUCUCCCCGGACACUCAACUACAUGCCAAGGUGCAAGGAGACACUCCUUUCGGGACAAUGCUCAGUGUGAGUCAUCCACACGGCGGGUCGGCUGCACAAGCCUUGCUCUUGGAGCCCUCAUCCAGCAUCCGGACAGGCGACCAACUUCAAGUGCGCAUCGUUGCG